AUGGAUCCUAUGGUUGUAUGUAAUUAGUUGAUGUUUUAUAGAAUAGAAAAAUUUAGAAAUAUACCUUAAGAUUUAGAUGAAUAAAUUGAAAAAAAUUAGUGAAAAUCAAAAUUAAAAAGGUUCAGCUUUAGAGACUACCCAAGAUCGCAUUACAUAAAAAAGGAGGUAGAUAACAGUAUUUUGAUUUUAUUGAUUAGAUAUAUAUUGAAUAUCAAACCUAGGUCUCAUUCUUAUUGAUCUGA